GUGUCUUGCAGACAACAACACUGCAGCUGGUUUAUCGACAUAGAAAGUGUUACAUGCUAUGGGAAGAACAGGGGGAAAUGAAAUAAUGAUUUGUCAGCGACAUUUGAAACUCUCCCUGUAGAAACGUUGCGGUGUGGUGAUAUAACAGCAAAAGGUCUGAACAAGUUUAUUAUCACUCUGACACUCAGGAAGGCAGAGACAUCUUCAAGCCUCUCCAAUGUCCUCUGGCUGUCCACCCCAGUCACCAGCUGUGGCAAAGUCCGAGGUAGUAGUAGAGGGAGAAUGCCCGCUGCUGGCUGCCACCUUUGCCUACUGGGACAACAUCCUGGGCCCACGGGUGCGCCACAUCUGGACGCCAAAGGGAGACCAACUGAUGUUCCUCAGCGAUGGAGAGGUCACAUUUUUGGCCAACCAUACACUUAAUGGGGAGAUUCUGCGUAGCGCCGAGUGCGGCGCCGUGGAUGUGAAGUUCUUUGUCCUGGCAGAAAAAGGCGUCAUCAUUGUGUCUCUCAUCUUCGACGGCGAGCUGAAGGGUGACAAGAACACGUGUGCCUUGUCCAUUAUCCUGCCUCAGACAGAGCUUGCCUUCUACCUGCCUCUGCACACCAUCUGUGUGGAGAGGCUAAAGCAUGUUAUCCGCAAGGGACGCAUUUGGAUGCAGAAGGGCUACAAUAUCAUCUCAGUGCUGAGCUUGGAGAUUGUCCCUAUUAUGGAGCUGCUGGCCUCUAUGAAGACACACAGUGUGCCAGAAGAUAUAGAUAUAAAAGACACCGUGCUAAAUGAUGAUGACAUCGGGGACAGCUGCCACGAGGAUUUCCUCCACAAGGCCAUCAGCUCUCAUCUGCAGACUUGCGGCUGCUCAAUAGUGGUUGGAAGCAACCCAGAGAAAGUAAAUAAGAUUGUACGGACUCUCUGCCUCUUCCUCACCCCGGCUGAGAGGAAGUGCUCUCGCCUCUGCAAGGCCGACUCUUCUUUCAAAUAUGACACAGGCCUGUUUGUUCAGGGUCUGCUUAAGGACUCCACAGGCAGCUUCGUCCUGCCUUUCCGCCAGGUGCUCUACUCCCCAUACCCGACCACGCACAUCGACGUCGACAUCAACACAGUGAAGCAGAUGCCGCCGUGCCACGAGCACACGUACAACCAGCGGCGCUACAUGCGCUCUGAGCUCAGCGCUCUCUGGAAGACGGACAGUGAGGAAGACAUACCCCCCGACACAAUCAUACACACAGACGAAACCUUCACACCUGACCUGAAUAUAUUUCAAGAUGUCAUGCAUAAAGACACUUUGGUGAAGUCAUUUAUAGAUGAGGUGUUCAUGCUGAAGCCAGGCCUGUCCCUGCGGAGCACCUAUCUGGCCCAGUUCCUGCUGCUGCUCCACAGGAAGGCCCUCACACUGCUCAAGUACAUCGAGGACGAAACGCAAAAGGGGAAGAAGCCGUUUCGAUCCUUGCGUAACCUAAAGACGGACCUGGAUCUGACGGUGGAGGGAGACCUGAACAUUGUAAUGGCUUUCGCUGAGAAGCUGAGAGCAGGGCUGCACUCGUUUGUGUUUGGGAAGCCGUUCUACACCAGCAUGCAAGAACGAGACGUGCUCAUGAGCUUCUGACUCCAUCCUUCACCUGCACUUUAUGCAUUGGAUGGUUAAUGGAACCAGAUGUUAUGUUGUCUUUGGUCUGUUUAAUUGUUACAUCAGUGCAUCCACAUGUGUAUUCACGAGACAAGCAUUAGCCUGGAUAUUUGUUAAAAGAAUAUAAUUUUUGCCUUCCUUUUGUGUCAAGGCAUGAUUUCAAAGACGGAUUGUAACUGCUGUUUUGAGCCAUUAGAAUGAAAGUUUUCAUAUAUUGCCUUGAUCAACUGUAAGCAUAAUGUGAGCUUAAUGUUUUUAGAAGACUUAAAUUAUUCUCAGCAGGAUGAAUUAUUCAUGCACCCUAUGCCUUCUGUUAAUAGAGGGUCUGUAUUAAUUUAUGGUGUUAAAAUUGGCUGAGGUGCCCACCAGGACAUUUGCAAUUUAAUUUAAAAUUAUAUUUAUUAAAACAUGAGUUAUUAGUUUCUUCACUGCCUGUGUUAUACAGUAACCUCAGAACCUUUUGAACUUAUGAAUUGCCCUUUUUUUUUUUUUUUUUUUAAAUAAAUAAAUUAAUGAACAUGUAUGCUGAAUGUGAAUGGCGCGCAUCAAGUGACAUUAUGACAAGGUUGUGAAUAAUCAUGAAGCUCUGGGGUUUCAUUAAAGAAAAAGACAAAAGCACUGUAAAUGAAAUCAUAUCACAAUCCCUCCUGACAAGGCAGAUCUGUGUGUCGCUGACAGUGAGCAUCAUCAUUAAAUGCAUGUACCCAGCUGUGCGUAAAA